AUUUUCCACACCACUGCCUGGAGGAAGUGACAGGCGAAGGCGAGAAGGCUUGAACGUCAUCAACGCACCAGAUCCCAUCGAGGUGGUCGCAUUCCACAAGCAACAACGCAGACAGGACGUCAUGGCCCUCAACUUUGAGGCGGACGAGAACGACUUUUUGCCGUCCAGAUCUGGCACCAACUUGAGCGGCUUGUUUGCAAGCUCCCAGCCAGCAGAGGGCAAUGACUCCUUCACCUACACGCGGCAGGAGGCGCCGCAACAGCAACAGCAACAGCAGCAGCAAGCCGCUCAAGCUCAGCGCCCAGGAAGCGGUGAUAAAAACCUCGGCGUGAUUCAUGCCGUCACCGCUCACGUCUAUCAAAAUGUGAACGGGCAGUACGCGCCAAAGGGCAAGCUCGGCUGCGCCAUCAUGGGCGACUUUGACUCCAAGAAGUACUGCGUGUACGUGUACGAUGCGAGUCGGAAGCAGGUUGCGCGCGCGGGCAUCACGCGGGACUUUGCCGUCGUUCCACAGGGCAGCAACUACAUCAACUUCUACGACGAUGCACGCGUCAACUGGUCCAUCCGCUUUGAGACGGACGAACAGACAAACGCGUUCCUGCGCAACAUCGCGCUCGCCCGCUUUGCUUCUGGCGGCGUCGCCGACUUCAUCACCCAAGACCUUGUGCUUGGCGGCGGGGCGAAGGAGAUUGUGAGCGGGGACAGCAUCGAGGUCAAGUACACGGGCUGGCUCCUCGACCGUGGCGCCUUCGGAAAGGAGUACUACAGUAACAUCAGCGCGGAGAAGGGCUACAAGUUCAAGGUCGGCAAGAACAAGGUCGUUCAGGGCUUCGACCAAGGUGUGCUUGGCAUGAAGAAGGGCGGGCGGCGUGUCAUCGCCAUCGCCUCGGCCUCCGCUUACGGCGCUGCUGGCGCGGCAAACAUCCCCGCGAACAGCGACAUUGUGAUUGAAGCGGAGGUGCUGCGCCACAAGCACAAGGGAGAGGAGAUCAAGGGCGGCGGGCCCACGUCGACGUCGACACCGGCGCGAAAGGCGGACAAGGACAAGCGGCGUGACGCCUCCCCAGCGCCCUCAACGCUUACCGCACACGACGACCACGACGCCAGCACAGACGCAGCUGCAUCUGCCGACGAGGACAUGACGUCGCACAAAGCGCGUGUGCUGGAGCGCAUGGCAAAGAUGGGCACCAGCAUGCUCGGAGGCGCAACGCCUGAUGCGAUGCAGCAGCAGAUGAUGGCGCAGAUGAUGGGUGUCGCAGACCCCUCGCAGCAGCAGCAGCACCAGCAGCAGCCGUUUGGGAUGCAGGGCGCAGCUGGCAACAUGAACGCGUUCAACCAGCAGGGCGGCAUGCAGCACAACAUGAUGCAGCAGCCGCAGAGCCAGCCAAACGCCAUGAACAUGUAUGGGCAGCAAGGCAUGAUGCAAGGGCAGCAGCAACCAAACCAGCAGUUUAUGCAGAACCCAAACAUGCCGCCCUCAUCGCAGUUCCAGCCGUUCCAGCAGCAGCAGCAGCCAACGAAUGCGCUGAGUCUUUACAAUCCACAGCAGCAACAGCCCUUCAUGGGCAUGAACCCGCAGCAGCAGGCACAACAGCCAGGGUUUGCACCACCAGGGUACAACCAGGUACAACAGCAGCAGCAAGGGCAGCAGCCAGGGUUUGGAAUGAACCAGCAGCAACAACAAUCACAGCAACAACAGCAGCAACAGCAGCAACAGCAGCAACAGCAAGAGAACCAGCAGACUCCUCCUGACCGCCAGUCAAAAUACAUGGAAGAGACGGCCGACACUCUGAAGACGAUUUCGCAGCGGGUGGACUCGGCUAACGAGAAGCUCGACAAGCUGCGCGAAUCCUCCGCCCUGUCCCCCUUUGGCGCUUCCAUGCCUCAGAUGGAGUCACAGGUGCUGAUGUACAACAUCCAGCGCAUCAUCGCGGAGAGCGACCGCCUCAAGAAGGAGGUGUUUGAGAAGAGCGCGCGCAUCGAGAAGCAGAACGAGAAGAUUGCCGAACUCCUCGACCGAAACCAAAAAUACGUGGAGGAGAACAACCUCAUCCUUGAGCAGCGAAAUGACUCCUUCAAGCAAACGACAGCACAGGCACAGGCCAGGGUGCUUGAGCUUGAGAAGGAGCGGUCUGAGCGGAUGGACGAGCUCUCUGCGGCGACCAAGCGCCUCUCUGAACUGCAGGAGGAACUGCAGACCCUCAAGGCCACCGAACAGGCCCUCAGGGCAGAGCUCGACUCAAUCAAGGAGGAGCACGACCGCGCGUCGAGCGAGGCGGCGUCGCUCAAGGCUGCGGAGAGCGGGUCCGCUGUCAAGAUAGAGGAGCUCAACCGGGCUCUCAAGGAGGAGCGGCAGCAGAACAAGGACAUCAAGAAAAGGGUUGCUGCCCUUGAGGAAGAGCUGAGCGACACGAAGCACGACCUUGAGUCUGCGGCGAAGAAGGCUGAAGGCGUGAAGAAGAAGGCGGCCAAGGAGCGCGCAGCGAUGGAGGAGGAGUUUGAGGAGGCCAAGACCCAGCUUGAGGACCAGGUCUCCUCCCUCAAGCGCCAGCUUCGAAAGGCAAAGCAGAGUUCCGAAACGGCGAGCGAGGCUGCGGCGGAGCAAGCUAAGGAGGAGCUUGAGGCCCAAUACAAGGCCAACCUGUCAAAGGCCACAGCCGCCACAAAGCAGUGGAAGGCAAAGUGUGAGGCGCUUGAGGACGAGCUUGAGACCGCCCGCGCGUCGCAGGUGAACUCUAAGCAGGUCGCCACCCUUCGUGCACAGCUCCGGGAGGCUCAGCAACAGGCGCUUCACUGGCAGUCCGAGGCCACAAAGGCCGAGGAGAAAGCAGUAGCGGCGGCACAGCAGCAGGCAGCUGCACCCGUUGCCGCAGCAGCUGCUGCCGGCUUCACUGUGACCGACGUUCGCCGCAUCAUGAACCAGGUGUACAAGCAGUUCCAGGCCCGUGUUGCAGGUGAGGAAUCGCUCACCAGCGCCGCCGUCAUGCAGCUCGCAAAGGAGGUGAUCGUGGGCGAGACGAAGAAGGUGAUUGCACUUGGUGCAGCAACCCCCACCAAGCCCACAGAGGAGGGGAAGGAGGAAAAUGACGAGGAAGAAGAGGAAGAAAGCGAGAGCGAGGACGAAGAGGAAGAAGAAGAUGAAGACGAGGAGGAAGAUGAAGACGAGGAGGAAGACGAAGACGAGGAAGAGGACGAAGAGGAGAAUGAGGACCACGAGGAAGACGAGGAAGACGAGGAAGACGAGGAAGACGAGGAAGACGAGGAAGACGAGGAAGAGGAACAAGCCAAGCAAGUUGCUGGAGAGGAACCCACGACAGAGGCCCCGACUGUCACCGAGGAUGCCGAGAACAAGGAGAAAGAGCAGGAGGAGGGGAAGGAGGCUCGAGCCGAUCCAGAGGACGAGAAAGAGGAAGAAGAAGUUGCUGCUGCUGAGAAGAAGAGUGACAGUGGUGAAGAUCACCACUUGAACGGCAACGGAAGGCGCGCCCUUGUUGUGGCUGUGGACGAGGAGGAGCAAGAGCAAGAGGAAGAUGACAACGAAACGAAGCAGCACGAAGAGGAGGAUGAUACCGCUGUUGCAGGCAAGCAGGAGGAUGAGGAGCCGGAGGAUGAUGGCCACAGCUCCGGCAAGGAAGAUCCCCAGGUUGACGCCGAAGAUGCCGAAGAUGAGGAUGAAGAGGAGCAGGAGCAGGAGGGGGAAGAUGAUGAUGAUGAGGGGACAACGGGUGCAGCCGAGGAAGACUCGCCAAUGCCCGCUGAAGAGCCAAAGCAGGACGACGAGGAGGAUGGGGAGGAAGACGAGGGUGAUGCGGAAGAUGAGGAGGAAGGCGAAGAUGCGGUGGUUGACGCCGAGCCAGCGGCCGCAGCUGAUGACGGCGAAGAUGACGCUGGUGCACAGGAGAGCGCUGCUCCCGCCGCUGUUGGUGCGGAGAGCGACGGCGAGGCGAGCUUCUCCUCAGACAAUGACGAGGAUGAACAGCAAGAGCAGGCAGAGACCGAGCAGGAUGACGUCGCAACGGAAGAUGCAGUGGAGGCGCAGCAGCAAGAAGAGCAAGAGCAGCAGGAAGAAGAGGAGGAGGAUGCGGUGGCUGGUGACACGGCUGCGGAGACGAACGGCGGCGACGCGGCCUCGUUCCUCGACGAAGGCGACGACGAGGAUCUGGAGGCGUUUUUCACGGCGCCAAUUUCGCGAAGCCGCGCAGCGACGCAGCAGGCAGCUGCCGACGACAGCGACGAUGACGCGAAGACCAACGAUGAUGCUGAUGGAGACGAAGCACAAGGAGAGGAAGAAGAGCAAACAGAAGGCGCAGGCGACGUGGAGGAGAAGCCGAAGAAGACGUCCAGCCUGAGCGCGUUUGAUGAUGAUGACGACGACGACGAUUUCAUGGUGACUGCCACCACUAAGAAGCCCAAGGGGUCGACAUCCAAGGCCGUGCUCUCCUUUGACGAUGACGAUGAGGACGAGGACGGUCUUGACUGGCUCAAGUAGUUGCGCGUCUCCCUCAGGAGCAGUCAUGGCACACGAUCUCACACCCACCGAUGUGGCACCUUGUGUUGUGUGUGGGUUUUGGCGUUUCCUGUCGUCGUCUCUCUCUCUCUCUCGUGACGCUGUCCUUUGUCGGUUGUGUGUGUGUGUGUGUGUGUGUGUGUGUGUGUGUUGUG